CACAGGGGAGCGUUUGGAGAGCGCAACCACCGCCACCAUGAGCCUUCUCAACAAGCCCAAGAGUGAGAUGACCCCGGAGGAACUGCAGAAGCGGGAGGAGGAGGAGUUUAACACGGGCCCGCUCUCCGUGCUCACGCAGUCCGUCAAGAACAACACGCAGGUGCUCAUCAACUGUCGCAACAACAAGAAGCUCCUGGGCCGCGUGAAGGCUUUUGACAGGCACUGCAACAUGGUGCUGGAGAAUGUGAAGGAGAUGUGGAUGGAGGUCCCCAAGAGCGGCAAGGGCAAGAAGAAGUCCAAGCCCGUCAACAAGGACCGCUACAUCUCCAAGAUGUUCCUGCGCGGCGCCUCGGUCAUCGUGAUGCUGCGGAACACCCUCAUCGCCGGCAAGUAGGGGCUCGCUCCUUGCCGUCACCUCAGUCCCCGACCUGCUCAGACUGCCCCGACCUGAAAACAAUAAAGUCCUGUUUUGU